UAGUGACUCUGUAAAUGCCACUAAACAGUACAAUUCAUAGUAACAGAAGUUCUACUUCCUCUUUCAGUUUUGUGAUGUGAUGAUUCAUUGUGAACACAAUUACUUAAGCCGAAUACGGGUUUGGUGUAUUGUUUAGUUUGCUGUUUGAUCAAGAGGAUACACACAACACAGGGGAAAGCUUUUCUGACGGAUUACUUCCAUCACAACACACCAACCUGAUUUACAUCUUUAGGAAGGAAUGAAGCGAUAGUUUUGUUAUGACAUUAGCUGGAACACCUGAACCCUGUCUACAUAACCUCAGGGUUUGCCGGGUUUCUCUUGUGGACAAACUUGAGUUUCACAUUGAUUCACUUAUUGAUGUGCUAAUUACAAAGGAGGUCCUCACAAGAGAUGAUCAAGAGGAGAUCCAGUAUGAGAAAGGGCCACGUAAAAAGGUCCGCAAAGUACUAGAUAUAUUGGAGGGGAAAGGGGAAGAGGCAGCAAGAAUCUUUAUUUCUGCAAGUAGAUACCUUGAAGCAUCCAAUGUAAAAACUGGUGAUCAGUCAUCAAAUCAGUCAUCAGAAUACCAAAAAAUCAUAGCAAAGCAUAAAGCCGUCUUGAAACACAGAAGUGAAUGUAUGCUCUACUAUAACACACGGCAUGGAGAGAAGAUCCCUUUUUGUGAGCAUUAUGUCAAUCUGCUGAUUGUAAAAGGUCACUAUAAUUUGGAAAUUAAAAGACAUGAGGUUUUAACCUUCGGACAACAGCGCAUUUCCCUUCAGCAUAAAGCAACAGAGCAGAGACUGAUCAAGCCAUCACAGCUGUUUUCCAGCAAAACAGGCAAAAAUCCAGCUAAAAAAAUUUUAGUGACUGGAGUAGCAGGGAUUGGGAAAACGGUCCUUGUCCAGAAAAUUCUUUACGAUUUCAGUAAUCACAAAGAACAUCAGUCUUUUGACUUCAUUAUUCACCUGACUUUCAGGGACCUGAAUCUUGUAAGCAAGCCAGUGAGCCUACGAGAACUUAUUCUCCGUAAGAAUGGACAUCUUGCUAAGCAUCUCGACACUAUCACUGAAAAUGAUGCGAAACUUUUGAUCAUUCUAGAUGGCUUUGACGAAUUUAAGCACUACAGGGCUUGUGAUGUAGACAUCUUUUUGACAGAUCUUGAUGAGAAAGGUGAGGUGGUGGAAGUUGUGUCUAGCUUAAUGUUAGGGGAACUCCUAACAGGAGCCUCUGUGCUGAUCACCAGCAGGCCCAUGGCUGUUAGCCACAUCCCCAUUCAAUCCAUUGACUGCUUUGUUGUCAUCACUGGAUUUUCCACUGUUGAGAUCCAUGACUUCUUCCAGCAUUUCUUUCAGGAUGAGGAGCUAGCUAACAAGAUGUUUAACAUAGUGGUGGCAAAUGAACUACUGCUUACCCUCUGCUACAUACCAGCCUUCUGUCAUAUUGUGUGUAGUAUUCUGAAAGAAAGUAAUGGUUUGUACCAAUCAAACCCUAGAACAAUGACUGAUAUUUAUGUACAGUACUUGCUGGCAUUGGUCAAAUCACACACAAAUGAUCGAAUCGAAUCAUUAAAGAAUGUCAAGCAUCAAGAGCAUCUACAGGAAAUCUUAUUAAACCUUGGCAGAUUGGCAUAUCAGAAACUAAUGAAUCAGGAAACUCUGUUUUAUAUCAGUAAUGAUGAAAUCGCUAGAUGUGUUAUCGCAAGCACUUUUAUGGACAAGACAUCCGUUCAAGAGCCAAGCUACACAGAAGAUGUUUAUUCUUUUACACAUCUCACAAUACAGGAGUUUUUUGCUGCACUUUAUUGUGCCAUGGCUGAUGUACCCUUGUCUGAGACAUUAGGUUCAGGUAGUGAAUACAGUAUUGAAAGUUUGCCAGGAAACCUAGAUCUGUUUAUGAGAUUCCUUUCUGGUCUGCUAUCAGAGAGAAGUCAAGAACUGCUCUGCAAAAACAUUGGGUUUCAAAAGCAGAAAGAUAAAAUGCAGUGUUUCCGUCUGAAGCUUGUAUCGGACACUCAAGCCUCUUGUGAGAAGGGCGGUUACCUUCUGACACAGUUGCACUGCAUUUUUGAGCAACAGGAUGUGCUAUUAAUGCAAGAACUCAAACUGCAAAGUUUGCGUAUUAACCUCAGUGACGUCACUCUCUCCACCAUGGACUACAAUGCUGUGAAGCACUUUCUCAAUGAAGUACAUCUGACUAUAUCAGAAGUGGACCUGACUGGGACAAACAUCAAUGCGGAAUCAUUAAGAGAUUUAGAGUCCUACUUGCUCAGAUGUGAGAGGAUAUGGUUGGGGGAAAAUAGUCUGGACCUGGAAGCAAUCAAGGUAGUUGCUGAUAUCCUGCAAGCAUCUGAUAUCUUGAAGGAACUUGGUUUAGGAUGGACAGACAUUGGUGAUGAGCAUCUUUCUGUACUCACAAAUGCUUUAAAGGUUAAGCAAACACUGAAGGAACUCUGGAUGGAGGGAAACAGAAUAACAUUUGCUGGCUUAUCCCCUUUACGUGUCUUUACGCCAUCUCCUCUAGAGAGAGUUGUUGCUAUUUGGAACAAUGUAACUGAUGAUGAAGGAGAACGUCUCAACAGCCUCUGUUCUGAGCCAUGUUUUACUGUGUCCUUUACAGAAGAUAGCAUGUGGACAGACUGGGCCAACUGGGUUCUUCAGAGAUGUGAGGUGAGCAGCAGUGAGAAGCUGGUAACAAUCCUGUACAAAGUGUGUGACAUAUCUGUCUGCAGACUAGAAAGCCAGUGGGCCAAGUCUUUCUAUAUAAGUCUGACAAAACUAAUAAAGGCACGAAUUGAGCAAUGCUUGGAAGAGGAUGUGCGACAGAAAUUGGAGAAGUUUGAGAAAAUUCUGUCUACAUAGUUUAUAUAUAGAUAUUUACAGUAUAUUCUUGUUAUAUUAUUUGUAUUAUUUCAGUGAAUCUUGUAAAAAAAUAUUUUGUUGACAUUUGUAUUUAUUUAUUUAUUU